GUGAAAGGUCCAGGCACUGGUUAAUUAAACCCCUCUCAAUUCUCUUUCUUUUUCACGCUCACUGAACGUACCUAGCGGCGGCGGCGACGACAAAGCCAGCAUCGACAGAACUAACAGGCUCCUAUCCGUUUUGUCCUUUUCUCUGCCCUUGAUUUCAAAUCAAGAACAAUAAAGGUGAUUAAAACUUAAUUUGGGAAGGUGAUGGCAACAAAGUUGCGGCAGUUACAAUCUAAGGCUUGUCAAGCAACGCAGUUCGUCUCCAAACAUGGAGGUGCUUACUACAAGCAGUUGUUGGAGCAGAACAAACAAUACAUUCAGGAGCCACCUACAGUGGAGAAAUGCAACCUCUUGUCAAAGCAAUUGUUUUACACUCGACUUGCUAGUAUUCCUGGCCGUUACGAGGCAUUCUGGAAGGAAGUUGAUUAUGUGAAGCAUUUAUGGAAGCACAGGCAGGAGCUGAAGGUUGAAGAUGCUGGUAUUGCAGCUUUAUUUGGGCUGGAAUGCUUUGCAUGGUUUUGUGCUGGGGAGAUUGUGGGAAGGGGUUUUACUAUCACUGGUUACCAUGUCUGAGAAUGACAACUGUUUUUAGGGGUUUGAAUGUGUAAGCUUCUCUUUUCAUUUGAGCGAUUGGAAUCGCGGGAACCCUGCAUCAAAUUUUUGUUCUCAAAAACUUUUUGAAACUGGGAAAUCGGUGAGAAUUUCUCUGAAAGCCUUAAUAAUCCAUGCAUUUGAAGUAACUACUUCCUAUGUACCUUUUUGUUUCACUUGUUAUCUAUGGUGGAAGCAACUGCUGCUCAUGAAUGAAUGAAAAAUACUGCAAAUUUGUAUUGA